AUGGAAGGCUACAAAAUUCCUGGACUCCCAAAAAUUAUACCUGUAGUAAAACACAUUUUAAAAAAAUCAAAAAUCGGCAGCAUAAAAUACAGUCGCUGGACACCUCAAGAAAUCGCCACACUUCUAACAGCAUAUAAAGAACAUGGUAAAAACUGGAACUUAAUAUCUCAACAAUAUCUUCCUGAACGACCACCCGCUACUAUAAGUCGAAAAUAUGUACAUUUAGAAAAAAUUAAAGCAAGACCAACGUCGGAAUAUAAUACAUGGACACCAGAAGAUGAUGAAACACUAAGAAUGGCCACGCAUAAGUAUGGUGUGGGAAAAUGGUGCGAAAUUCGAAAGAAAUUUUUUUCUGAUAGGUCAUCAGCACAAGUUCAAGAAAGAUGGAACGUUCUAUCGAAAACAAAAUUUGGAAGAUGGAGCCCCGAAGAAGAUAAGAAAUUACAGGAACUAGCUAAACAAUAUAAAGAAGAUUAUCGAGUGAUUUCCGAAAUAUUAAAACGGCCGGUUCAUUCAGUUUAUGUACGGUACAGACGUUUACAAAGCCCAAAAUGGACAAUUGAAGAAUUAGAUAAAUUACGUGAUUUAUUAAAAGAAUAUGGCAAAAAUUGGGAUAAAAUCGAACAAAUGAUGCCAGAGAGAAAUGGGUGGGAAAUUAAAAAGGCAGCGGAUACAUUAGUUUGUGUUAAUCCGUUCGUCAAUAGACGAAUGUGGAGUAAGACAGAAAAGGGGUUGAUUAAAGAAGGUGUAACCAUUUGCUCGUGCAAAGAUAUGAAUAUGACCCAAUUACAAUAUACAUUAUGUUUCUUGACGCUAGUUAUGAUAUGUAUUAUACGUGUAAUUCCUGUGGUUGAAGCAGAAAGUUCUCUUGGUCUAAAUCCUUCACCCGAUAUACCCGGUAUUCCAAAAGAAGGAAGCGAUUAUUCAAAGUUGUUGGCUUAUUCUUUAUAUUUUUAUGAAGCUCAAAGAAGUGGAAUCUUGCCUCCGAACAAUCGAGUAUCUUGGAGACAUAAUUCCGCAAUUGAUGACGGGAAAGACAGAGGUGUAAACUUAACUGGAGGCUACUAUGAUGCAGGGGAUUACGUAAAGUUCACUUUACCAUUGUCAUGGACACUGUCUAUCAUUUCAUGGGGAGCAAUCGAAUGGUUUGAUGGAUAUCGAAUUUCAAACCAAACCGAAUAUCUCUAUGAUAUGGUCAAAUGGGGAACUGAUUGGUUGAUAGCCGCCCAUACUAAAGCUGAUCAAGUUUUCAUUCAAGUUGGUUCAAGUAAACUCGAUAAUACAUAUUGGGGUCCUGAUAUUAAUAUUCCGUAUCCACGUCCUUCUUAUGACGUUAAUUCAACAGCACAUGGUACUGAUAUAGCCGCAGCAACGGCUGCAGCCUUUGCUUCCUCGGCGAUUCUAUUUCGAGAUUUUUUUAAUGAUACUACCUAUGCAAAAACAUUAAUAUCUCAUGCUAUAAGCAUUUAUGAUUUUGCCGAACUUCAAAACUUUACAUUAUCUACAACGUCUGUCCCUGCGAGCCUUGGAUAUCAGACUUCAUCAUAUUAUGAUAAAUUAGUUUAUGGCGCUAUUUGGUUAUAUCGCGCUACUUAUCAACCUCUAUACUUAACCAAAGCGGUAAAUUACUAUAACCAAGCUAAAUUUACUAAUAGUACAAGACUUAUGUCAUGGGAUGAUCAAACUGGUGCUUGCAAUAUUUUAUUUGCUCAGACAUUCUAUGAUAAAGAAAAUGCAAAGACAAAUCUCACUCUUUGGGCUAAUGAAACUGAACGUUACUUGGAUGGAAUAAUGACAUAUAAAAAUAAUUGUACUCAUACAAAUGGUGGACUUCUAUGGUGUGGUGAUAGCCCACAAGCAUCAUUACCUACUGCUCUUUAUGGUGCCUUUGGAUUUCUAAUGUAUUCUUCUUACGCAUCUACUGCUGAGAAAGCUAAUGCAUAUAAAAACUUUGUAUUCUCACAAAUUGAUUAUUUAUUUGGCAAUAAUCCUUUGAAAAUGUUUUAUGUUGUGGCUGUUCAUCCCAACUCUCCUAAAAAUCCUCAUCAUGCUGGUGCAUCUGGAGGAACAAACGUAGGAAACUUGAGUGACCCAGUAAAUACUAUGUAUCCUUUAUAUGGUGCUAUUGUAGGUGGUCCGAGCCAGAAUGAUUCAUACCUUGAUUCAAGAGAAAAUAUUGUUCAAUCUGAGGUUGCGCUUGACUAUAAUUCUGCAUACCAAGGAAUAAUGGCGUAUUACGUUAUUGACACAUAUGUCCCCCCACCUACUUCACCACAAAAUCCGGAAGUACCAACAUCGAUACUAAAUUCUGUAUCUCAGCAGCCAAAACUUUUAAUAAUAAUUGUUAGAGAUCCCGAAAAAAAUAAUCAAACCAUAAAAUCAGUAGAUGUUGAAAAAGAUAUCAAGAACAUUGAAAACGAACCAUCAAAUCAUUCUGAGAAAGGUAACCAGAACAAUAUAAAUGAGCUAUCAAUGCAGUUUAAAAAAGAUAGCCAGGACACUAUAAGUGAACUAUCAAAACAGUCUGAAAAAGGUAACCAGCCCUUUGAGAGUGAACCAUCAGGGCAGCCUGAAAAAGACAACCAGGACUCUGAAAGUAAACCAUUAAAGCAGUCUGAAAAAGACAACCAGGACUCUGAAAAUGAACCAUCAGAGCAGUCUGAAAAAAAUAACCAGGACUUUGAAAGUGAAUCAUCAAAGCAGUCUGAUAAAGAUAAUCAGGACUCUAAAAGUGAACCAUCAAAACAGUCUGAAAAAGAUGGCUCUGAAAGUGAACCAUCAAAACAUUCUGAAAAAGAUGGCUCUGAAAGUGAACCAUCAAAACGGUCUGAAAAAGUUGACUCUGAAAGUGAAUCAUCAAAACAGUCUGACAAAGAUGACUCUGAAAGUGAACCAUCAAAGCAGACAGAAAAAGAUAACCAAGACUCUGAAAAUGAACCAUUGAAGCGGUUUGAAAGUGCAAAUAAUUCUUCAAAUGAUACUGUAGUGGAAAUUUUAUAA